AUGGGAAACGUCAACAUUUCUCCGGCCUCUUGCUUCCAACCCUGCUCAUCGCCCAAAUCCGUCUCACUCAUCUUCUGGGACGGCACAACCACCGCCCUCACCCCCUCCGGCCGCCGCAGCGGCAAGCUCAUCGCCGGGCAGAUCAUGGUAAACCAUCCCGACAAGUUGGUGUGCAACUCGGAAUCCUUCUUCCUCGGCCACCCAAUCCCCGCCUUGUCCAUCCACGACGAGCUCUUGCCCGGUCAAACCUACCUCGUCCUCCCCGUUGACCUCUUCGCCUGCACCAAAGUCCUAAGCGCUUCCUCCCUCGCCGCCUUCACCGCCGCCGCCGCCGGAAGCCCUAAUAAUAACAACAAGACCCCGCUGGUCAACGGCGGGUGCCAGCCGCUUCAGUACCUGAAGGGGUCGGACGGCGGCGUUUUGAUCAAGGUGGCGCCCGAGUUUAUGAUUAGACUUCUGGUCAAAGUUGGGAGAGGAGAAGGAGAUGAAAACGGCGAUGGGAGUAACGGUUUUCUUUGUAGCACGCCGGAGCUGAAGAAGCAUUACGAUCAGCUGGUUGGGUGUAGAGAGCAAAAAUGGUCGCCAAAGGUGGAGACGAUUUCGGAGUACAAAGUUCGGUACUCGCCGUGCCGGUUUAUAGGGUUGGAGUGGAAGCAGAAGGAGGAACAAUAUUGCUCGUAG